AGCGCCCGUGGUGAGAAGCCAGGAAGGAGGAGGAGGAAGUGGUCAGCAGCACCCGGGGUCCCAGAUUGCCCACGGUGAUGUUGGCCAGGCGGGUGCUUGGGACCUCACGCAGGGCGGCGCUAGGAUCGGUGGAGGCUGCGCUUAGCGGUUUGAAGUCAAUAUGGGGAAGCAGCCAACGAUUUUGCUCUGCUCUUCCUAAGGGUGUCACGUAUAGAGAACUAAAAGACCUGUUGAACUCCAAAAACAUUAUGUUAAUUGAUGUUAGAGAUACGUGGGAAGUUCUUGAGCAUGGAAAAAUACCUGGAUCAGUCAACAUACCAUUGGAUGAGGUAGGUGAAGCGCUACAGAUGAACUCAAGGGAUUUCAAAGAGAAGUACCAUGAAGUGAAGCCAUCCAAAUCCGACAGUCUAGUGUUUUCUUGUUUUGCUGGAGUGAGAAGUAAGAAGGCUAUGGAUACAGCAAUAUCACUGGGCUUUAACAGUGUUCAACACUAUGCUGGAGGAUGGAAAGAAUGGGUAACCUAUGAAAUUUCCGAGAAGAAACAAGAAAAUUGAGUUCUGGAACAAGAAACUCUGUCCUGUGUUCAUACAUCCAAGGAUAGUGGAUGAAGCAAAAGAAAUCUGCAGUCUUGGCACCAAGGAUAUGCUUGGCAACUGUUUUCCUGCUCUGUGAACUGAAGACACAGCUCCCCUGAACACUUUCAGACUCUACUGAGAACUGAGAUAAUAUCAAUUGCCAUCGAAAUAUACAGAUUCUACAGUUUAUUUGGUAUUCCAAAGGAUCAGGUAGCUUGUAUUACCUAAUCAUGUGCAGUCAUGCUAUAAGCAUGCGUGUUAACAAGCAGUCCCCAUCUUAAACAAUAACUAAGCAUCGGUUUUAGGCCCAUACUUGUAGUUCCAAUACUUGGUAGACUGAGACAGGAAGAUUGCUGUAAAUUUGAGGGCAGGCUAUGAAUUUGAUACUCUGCUACAAAAGAAAAGCAAAGAAAAGGAUCUGGGGUCCAGAGAAGUAAACUCGGAACAGGAAAACACAUUCACAGCAUCUGAACACUCAGGACAACGUGUGGCCAGAAUAGAAACAAUGUAACUAAUUUUAAAAUUUAAGGUCAAUGUGAAGCUAAAAAGUUGCAUGGGUUAUGACUGUGGAAGGCAAACUAACCUGGAAGAGGUCAGGAAAUUUUGUAGGAUAGUAGCGAUUUUCUAUGGUAUGACUGAAAUGUCAGGAGUAUGCCCGUCAAAACCCAUCAAAGCAAACACAAAGACAUGGCUUUACAAAAAAUAUACCUCAAUUUGAAAACUAAUUAAAAACAAAUAUUUAUACCA